AUGUCAGCUUUAAGGUUCCUGUUUCUGACUCUUUUGCUGGCUGUGGACUCCGUUGUCUCUGUUCUGGGACAGACAAUCUACAUCACAGCUGAAGCUGGACAGGACUCAGUCACUCUGCCAUGUAGAGCUGAAAAGGAGAGAGAGAUCCUAGCUGUGGAGUGGAGCAGACCUGAUCUGGGUCCAGAUUAUGUUCUUCUGUUCAGAGAUGGUCACUUUGAGUCAGACGGUCAGCAUCCAUCCUUCAGGAACCGGGUGGAUCUGCAGGACAGAUGGAUGAAGGAUGGAGACGCGUCUCUGAUUCUGAAGGAUGUGAAGAUAAAAGAUACAGGAACAUAUGAGUGUAGAGUCUAUCAGGGAGGAGGCCUGGAGUUUAUGUCCUUCAUCCAUCUGGAAGUUUCUUCCCCUCCAGUGGAGCUGCUGGUCCUGCUGGGAUUGGUGGACGCUCUGGUGUCGGUGUGCAUGUGGUCUCUGUGUCUGUGGCUCCUCUCCCAGAAGCCUUCAGGCUGGCUGGGCUGGACUCUCCUCCAGGAGGGAAGAAUCACAGCUGAAGCUGGACAGGACUCAGUCACUCUGCCAUGUGGAACUGGAAAGGAUAAAAUCCACAUUUCAUUACUGGACUGGAUCAAACCUGGUCUAAACCCAGAUACAGUUUUUUACUACAGAGAUGGUCGCUUUGAGUCAGACCUCCAGCAUCCAUCCUUCAGGAACCGGGUGGAUCUGCAGGACAGACAGAUGAGGGAUGGAGACGUGUCUCUGAUUCUGAAGGAUACAAUCUACAUCAAAGCUGAAGCUGGACAGGACUCAGUCACUCUGCCAUGUGGAGCUGGAAAGGGGAAAACCAUCAGAGCUGUGGAGUGGAUCAGACCUGAUCUGGAUCCAGUUUUUGUUUUUUUGUACAUAGAUGGUCACUUUCAUCCAGAACGCCUGCAUCCGUCCUUUAAGAACCGGGUGGAUCUGCUGAACAGACAGAUGAAGAAUGGAGACGCGUCUCUGAUUCUGAAGGAUGUGAUGAUAAAUUAUAAUGUGACAUUUGUGUGUACGGUCACUCAGGGAGCAGAAGGCCAGAAGAUGAACACCUCCAUCCAUGUUUUCGUUUCUCCCCCAGGUCCCUCUACGUCCACGCCAGCAUCUCCGAGAGACGCCAGCACCCCCUCUGAUGGUCCGAGUGUUGAUGCUGCUGUAGGGGUCAGAACGGCCUCAGAACUGAUGCUCUGUGGUGAUGUCAUCGUAGUCACCGUCCAAUCCCGGCUCAGCCUGGAGGGGCGGGGCCGUCGCCACGGAGACGGGCUGUUUACUUCCUGUAGUCAGAGCAGAGCCAAAGGAAGUAAACAGCCCGUCUCCGUGGCGACGGCCCCGCCCCUCCAGGCUGAGCCGGGAUUGGACGGUGACCACGAUGACGUCACCACAGAGCAUCAGUUCUGA